UGUGCUCUCUGCUAGCGAUUGUUAGCUCAAUAGCGCAUCUCUUGUUGAAUAGCUAUGCAGUGUGUUUUGAUGUUUUGAUUUUAAUAUCCAACAGCACCGUUUCUAAUAAGUGAAACGUGUGAGGCCUUUAUCGUGGUGUUAACGAUAGUUACAACGGAGUGCUGACAUCUGUCCACGUUUAUAUUAGCUCGUUGGCAAGCUAGCAUCUCUUAAUUUUGUUCAAUUUUGUUUAUUGAGAUGGAGGGAGAGGUGGGUCUCGUGGCCGGCCGCAGCCAAAGAGAGAAGAGGAGAUCCUACAAAGAUUUGUUGAGGGAAGAGGAGGAAAUAGAUGCCCAAGUGCGCAAGACCUCGAAGAAACGACGUGACUCCGAUCCUUUUGCCACAGGAGGUGAACUUCACAAGAAAAAGAAGAGGUUACAUGAAGAGGAACACUUUCACAAAGGGGACAGGGGUCAUGGGCAGUCCAUUCAUCACAAAAAGAAAAAGAAAAAACCGAUCCCGGAGGGGAGACCCUCCAUGGGCCACUCCUCGUCCUUCGCCCCCGCUCCGCACUCGACCGAGACGGCCAUGGACCUGCUGCAGGCCAUCACGUCGCCGCUGGCCACCGGCUCGGCCCCCAGCCCCCCUCACCACCACCACCAUCAGCACCAGCAUAAGCCAACGCAGCGGCAGCCCGCCUACAAGAAGCCCUCGUACGCCUCGCAUCCGCACCACAGCACCCAGCGCAAACAGCGGGACGAAUGGGACGCGCCGCUCCCCCGGCCCAAACCCGCCAAGAAGAAGCCACUGCUGGUCAGGGAGCCACUGCCUGUAGUGGGCACGGAGGUGGAGCUAGAAGGACACUACGAUGGACCGCUGGGGAUUAUGGGUGACAGCUCCUCCUCAGCCGACGAGCUGGAGGCCGGCGAGUUGAUCAUCGACGACUCGUACGCCCAGCUGGCCAAGAAGGCCAAGAAGAGCAAGAAGAGCAAGAAGAAGAAGGAGAAAGAGAGGGAGAAAAAGCACAGCCUGAAAGGGACCAAGAAGGUGUCCAAAGGCGGCAGCUCUCACUCCUCCAGUAUGGCAAACGGCAGCGCUGGUUACGGGGCGUACGGAAUGGCGUCCUCCGACUCCCUCAACCACCGGCCGAGUGACAAGAAGAAGAAGAAGGAGGAGAAGGGCAGAGACAAGUCUGACAAAGACAAGAAGAAGAAGAACCUCACAGCAUACCAGAUAUUCUGCAAGGAAUACAGAGCCAGUAUCAACCUGGAGCAGCCAGGCCUGGAUUUUGGCGAAUUGAGUAAAAAGUUAGCAGAUGCAUGGAAGCAGCUACCAGAAGGAGACAAAGAAGUGUGGAAAGAGAGGGCUCAGUACCUGCAGCACAAGCAGCAGAUGAAGUCAGGCCUCUCCUCCUCCUCAGGCAAAUCUGCCCCCCAGUCUAGCUCUGGAGCAGCUAAAGCAGACAAGCCCAAAGCAGUGAAGAGGGUGGAGAGUAGGCCGCACCUCCAACAGUCCAAUGGCAUGGCGGCGGAGGUGGAGCCAUCCCCCUCUCCGGGCAGCUUCCCCGAGGUGGACCCCAUCGAUGCGGCCGCCCACCUGCAGCUCCUGGGAGAGUCGCUCUCCGUGAUUGGCUGCCGCCUGCAGGAAACUGAGGGCAUGGUGACCGUGUCGGGCAGUCUGUCAGUGCUGCUGGACGCCAUGUUAUGUGCUCUGGGUCCGCUCGCCUGUCUCACCACUCAAGUCCCAGAGCUCAACGGCUGCCCUCAGCACAUACUGUCCAAGACUCUGGACAACAUCGCCUAUGUGAUGCCCGGUUUGUGAAGGCCACUGGAAGUUCCGACCCUUACUGCCACUGACCGACCGAAGUUACAGCACGGGAGGAGCGCUGGGUGGAUGGAUCAAAACAACACUCUUUCUUUCUUUCUUUAUUUUAACAUUUUAAAUAAGGGAAGACUUGAAGCAUUGCACAGUUUUGCACUGGACACACGGACACGGACUCUUCUAGUUUUAACCAUGCUCCCAUUUUUAACAUUUGUGACUUUUUGUUCCUUUCAUUUUCAUUUGUUAUAUUUACAAUUAAAGAUAUUUUAGUGAA